AUGUUCAACAGGAGAAGAACAAGAAACCUGGUCUCCUAUACGGGCGUCGGCUACCUGGCACUGGGCCAUCUGCCCGACAAUGGUGCCAUGGCAGCCGCGUUGACUAUAGGCAAAAAGCAGCCUUCAGCAGGCAAUGGACCCCAGAAACCACCAGCCAUAGGCUCCCUGGGGCUGCUUUUGAAGAGACUGCCUUCGUUGCAAAGCAACUCCAUUCGCUCCACUAGUACGCCGAAACACGGCAGAUCUGGCUCUGUUUCCAGCGACAGACACAGCUUCGCCCCUAGGAUGGAGUACUCUGUGGAUGAUAGCUUCACUGAUUCCCAGAUCGAGGAGAUGGGAAGAGACGCAGACGCCCACUACAGCAACAGAGCACAGCUUCAGGACCUCAAGCUCACCCACCUGCCUCCAGAGCCCGUGGUGAAGAUGGUCAAGAAGUAUGUGCCCACGCCUAACGGUAUCAAGGUGGUGGAGGUGCCUGAGACCUCCAUGAAGCAGGCCAUUGCGAGAAGCAAUUCCAUGAGACUGGGUCUUUCGCUCAGCAGAGCGGGCUCCAUGACCGCCAGAACCAACUCUCUCUCGCGUGCACCCAGAACUUCUUCGUUGACGAACCAGAAGAGGGUGACAUCCAAGAGGUCCACUUUGGCAGACUCCAAAAUUGACGAGAGCUCUGAGCUCGACACCUCCGAGGAGCGCCGGGCCGCUGCCGAGUUGCAGCGUCAAAUUGACGAGGAGAGGCAAUUGGCUGCAAAGUUGGAGGCUCAGCGCAAGGAGUACGAGAACCUCAAGAAAUUGAGAGAUCAAAACGAGAAGCACAGAGCCGAACUUGAGCGUCUUCGUGAGGAAGAGGAGUCCUACUCUCGCCAAACCUCCCGCCAGACUUCGCCUAGACCGGAGGAAAGCAUUCCUACCAGCAUUGCCAACAGCCUCGAUGCCCCACAGCCUGUCAAGCCUCAGGCACCAACACUCAAUGCUCUUCCAGACGACGCUCCACAGGGCCAGUCCACUGACGAUGAGGAUGUGCCAAUUGAACCAGUUCCAUUUGCUGUUGACGAGUUUGAGCAGAAGAAGAUCGGUAAAGACCCUGCCAAGUUGCCUGCUACUGUCAGCGAUAACGAGGACGUCACCAGCACCUACUCUCUUGAUGACAGCAGUGUCACUCACGCUGUAACCGCUGACGAUGUUGACGAAGACGAUGUCAUUGAGAACUACGCCGUGUUGACUGCUCCUAAUAUCAAGGGCCAGGAGGACGAGUUUGGCAUUGUGGAAGUGCCAAAUGAAAGCAACUCUCCAACGUUAGCCCAGCAGGUCAAGUCCAGACUCAACAACAACACCAAUGGCCCAAGUGCUAACGGUAAGGAUAGUCUUGUCUUGCCUGGCUCUUCCAGUGCUUCGAUCUCCGAGUCCACAACUCCAAAGUUUGAUCCAAAGCCUGAGAUCAUCAACGAUGAAGCGCAACUUGAACAUCUUACACAGCCUGCGGUUCCAGCUGGCUUAGCCUCCUCCAUAAAGAGUGGCAGCAGCAGCGAUUCUAGACCAAUUAAGUCCGCCAUGAAGAACUCAAGGUCCAAUUACGCCUUGAACAAUAACUCUAAUGCUAAUGUUAGCCCCGCUCAACAGGCCUACUUGUCCUUGACCACUGCUGAAAACACCAGACUUAACUCGAAAUUGUCGUCUGGCCAGCUUAUCGAUUCUGAUAGCCCUAGUGCACACAAUAGUCAUCCUGGUCCACCACGUUCUCCUGUCAAUCCACAGAAGUUUGCUGCAGCAACUCUUCGGAAGAGUCAGAAUCCACAGCCGCAGCAACAAGGUGGUCUUGCUGAUCGUUCAUUGAGACCAAGGACUACAUCUGAUGCAUCAAACCGCCAGUCCAUGGGUGGUGGAAUGAGCAGCCGUACAUUCAAAACGAACCAGCCACAGGGCUUACCACCACAUCCAUACAACGGUCCAAACUACCAGUCGCCAGCAAAAGCCAAGGCGGCUGAGUUAUUCGCUAAAGCUAAUAAUAGACCUGCUUCAACAGCGCACCCUUUGAAGAGGGAGUCAUCAUUUAACAAGGGCUCUGAAGGCACAAAAGCUGAGAGCAGCACUCCGCACCAGCCUCCCCAGAGAAACGGCAAACAUCGUUUCACUCUUAGAUCAGAAGGAGGACAUCAACAGGCUGCACAGCAAGGAGACCUUACCUCAGCAGCUGCAACUACUGCUCACACCAACAUUCAAGAACAAGCUCAACAACAGGCACAGCAGAUUGUUCAACAACAACAACAGCAGCAGCAUAAGGACCAAAGAGGUGGUGGUGGCUUCAAAGGUUUCAAAUCCAGACUCGCCGACUCAGACGAUGAAGACAAUGUUCGUCCUCCCUCAUCGGAUGGUGGCUUCCGUUCUAGAUUCCGUGAUCUGGAAGAUCAAUCUCAUGGAGGAAGUCAAGCACAGCAGGCUACCUUUACGACUUUGAGAGAACCAAAGGCUGAACCUGUCCCUGAGGAAAAGAAACCAAAAAAGAAAAAGAAGUUCUUGAAGAAACUUUUUGGAAGGAAUUAG